ACAUCACAAAUUGAAAAUCUUAACAUAGUCCCACCCAAUCCGCAACCUCAUCCUUUUUCCCAAACAAUAUUCCUGAUAAUUGUUAUCCACUCAUUUAGCAGAAACCAGUAAAUAGAAUCUAAACCAAAAAUGGAGAUAACACUUUCCCUUUCUUCAUCUUCAGUUAUUCCAACUAAGCUACCAAUAACCUCUUCAUCCUAUUCCAAUUUAUCCUUCUCAGCUUCCAACUCCAACACUUCCUCACUUCUCUUGAAGAAAGCCAGAAUCAAAACCAGAACAACAAAGCGUUUCACCUGCAAUGCCUUCUUCGGUCUAGGCGUGCCCGAGCUUGUUGUUAUUGCAGGAGUCGCCGCGCUUGUUUUCGGUCCCAAGAAACUGCCCGAAGUCGGUCGCAGUAUCGGCCAAACUGUCAAAAGCUUUCAACAGGCUGCAAAGGAAUUUGAGACAGAGCUAAAAAAGGAACCAAAUCCUACAGAAGAAAUCCCUGUUGCGAGUGAGCAAGAGAAACAAGACAUUAAGGUUUCUAGUACAAAGGAUAAUGUAUGAGAUGACAUAUGCUAAGUAGAGAUUUCUUAGUAAUAAAAUUGUAUUAUGAUGUUAUUGUUAUGGAUUUAAAAGUAGUGUUAUUCUAUUAAUUAAUAUAUAAAAAGUCUCUGAUUUCAUCUC